AUGGAUGAAGACUUCGAAAAAUGUGUAUCUGUACUUUUGGAUGGUGUGGAAUAUGAGCUUAUUUUCCUGGAUAAUGCUUUACCUUUAGACAAUAUGAUCUUGGAGGCAAUGAGAGAAGAGGCUGAUGCAUACAUUGUAACGUAUUCCGUGACGGAUCGGUCAAGCUUCGAGAAAGCAGUGGACAUCUUAUUCAGCCUACGCGAAAAAGGAAUCACCAAUACCAAGGCGGUGAUUUUAGUGGGUAACAAGUCCGAUUUGGCACGCACCCGUGAAAUAGCAACAGAAGAAGGAAAAGCGGUUGCUUGUUCCUACGAAUGCAAAUUCAUUGAAACAUCAGCAGCUAUAAACCACAACGUCGACGAGCUUCUGGUCGGAAUGGUGAGCCAAAUCCGCUUGAAAAAUCGCCAAAAGGAAAAAGAAGAGAAUAAUCGCCCCGCCAAAACAACAUCUCCAUCAUCUUCCCCAUUCAAGAAAGGUGGUGGUAGUGUCAAAGGAUCCCUUCGAUCAAGUCUCAGAACCAAAGGCAUCAUCAAUCGUCUGCUGGGUAAAAGUGGUCGAUCCAAAUCUUGCGACAACUUGUAUGUCCUGUGA